ACACCUUCUGCUGAUUUUGCCACAGUUUACACGGGGAUGUGUUUUUGAUUUACGAAAAGGUGUCAUCAGUCCAAGAUUUUAGUCGUGUUUUUCGGCCUGCGGUUUUUGCAGUUUAGCGAUUUUUACGCAUAGGUUAUACGGGGCUCGGAAGAUGACUGGGGUUUUUGAGAACUUAAAUACUGAUAUGCAUUCGAACCAGAUUACCUCAAGCAAUUACCACAGCUUGCACAAAUCGCAGGAGUCCCCGACUCUGCCAGUGUCCACUGCGACGGACAGCAGCUACUACAACAGCCAGCCGCCGGGCCAUUGCGGGUCUCCAUUUGGCCAACUCGGCUCUUACCAGUACCACGGCAACGCCACGAGCACUGUGCCAUACAACGCGAAGUCAUACGACCUUGGUUUCAAUUCAGCUUAUAGUGCAUACAGCACCUACGGCACCAACACCUCUCCCACUCCAGCAGAUACAGAGAAAGAAGAGCGUGAGCCAGAAAUCCGGAUGGUUAAUGGAAAACCAAAGAAGGUCAGGAAACCUCGAACUAUUUAUUCCAGCUUCCAACUGGCUGCACUUCAACGGAGGUUUCAAAAGACGCAGUAUUUGGCUCUACCAGAGCGGGCCGAGCUGGCAGCCUCCAUGGGCCUUACGCAAACACAGGUCAAAAUCUGGUUCCAAAACCGCCGAUCCAAGUUUAAGAAGUUGUGGAAAAGUGGAGAAAUCCCCCCAGAGCAACACGUUGCUUCCAGUGAAUCUACCCCCUGCACGUCUCCGCCAACUACUGCCUGGGACUUUCCACAGACUCAGAGAAUGAACAGUGUCAACUCCAGUUUACCUCAGAGCAGCAGCCCUCCCAACACGACUGCGCCUUCAUCAUUUUUGGCAAACUACUCCUGGUACUCAACCACGAACUCUUCGGCGCAUCUGCAACCUCUGAUCCAGCACCACCAAAACUCCGCCAUAAGCACUGGGACGAUAUUCUGAAAUAGACAACAACAACAACAAAAGCAUCGGGUUCAAAUCGGACAAUACUGGUGAAAAAAUAGAAAAAUGCCAAUAUUUUCAUUUUACAGACCUCGUGUGUGCGCCAUGCGCAAGCAUCUAGGAGAAGUUAAAGGUGCCAGACAGGCUCAUGGACCAUGCCAAGUUUCGCUCUGGCAAAUGGUAGUCACAGAUUUCUACAGUUAUUUUUGUAUUUAUUUAUUUUGUUUAUGUCGAGGGAUGAAUGAACCACUAUUACCCAAAGCAAUCACAGCCUGGGCGCAAGCCUAUACUUUUACGCGGACGUCCCUUUUUUGCCAUUCCCGCAAAAACAAAACAUUCAUCGCAGGACAACCUGUCACAAAUGUAGCACAAGUUAACUGUAUCGUGCCUUUUUCAAUAUGACCUCAUUUUGUUGUGCGAUAAAACAGCACACUUUUAUCCAUCCCUUAUGUCAUUAGUUGAUUUAAAUAUAUGCCUGCUGGGGGGUAAGUGUCUGAAUCCACGUUUGUAAAUAUUUUACCACAGCUUUUUAAUAGCCCAUGUCGCUUUGAUUCUUUUUUUUUUAGGCUAUUGGUGCAAAUCCAUUAACCACCGUAAGCUACUGAUUGUCCUACCCUCUGAUUUACUUGUAACGUUAUCACAAUUAAUUGUAUUUUUGUCUUAUUUAUUUUAGCAGUGUUCCAUAUAGCCUAUGGCCAGACGUUAUUUAAAUAAAAAUGUUUUCUGUGAA